AAGCUGACACACAUUAUAAAUAAGGCGAAAUAAAAAGAGAAUGUAAAACAUUAUAAGAUAAAAACGUUGAUUUAAAGAUAACUGGACCGUACCAUUACCUACAUCAGGUAGGGAUGGGAUAGGUCGAUAUAAGACCACGCCUCCUGGUUUCUUUGAACAAGUACAAAUAAUUGAGUCACUUCUCCUCCUGCAAGCUCCAGACCUGCAGCCUCCUCCGGUGCUUUACGACAGACAACAGCAUGAAUCUAAGUGUCUGGGGCAAAGGUAUGUAUUCUUCCAGCAACAUCUGCCUUGACGGCUGCACUACAGAGCACCUCUCCUCUUUUCAACUUGACGCCAUGCCGACAAAUUCAGACGUGUCCAAUUCAGGUGUUUGUGUGACCUUACAACAAGACAGUGAGAACAUAAAAAUGCUACAAGAGAGUGCUUAUUACAGCAGCAGUGGCGAUGCCGGUUCAGUCUGCUCCGACCAGCUGGAGCUAAAUCCAUCCAGGGACGCAGGACAUUUAUCCGCAAGAAGGCAUCCGUCGCCCGCAUCCAGUUCUUGUGGUCUUCAUGACUGGAGCUUAAACAGUGGCCAUCAAGCAAAGCGUGCCAGAGUGGAAAAUAUCAUAAAAGGUAUGACCAGCUCUCCUGGCAUGCACUGCAUGGAUGUGACAACAAAUCAGCACAAGGAGUCAGACGGCAUGCAGGGAAGUGAAAUGAUUCAAGAACUUCCUUCACAUCAGGAAACAAGUGGCAAGAUUCACAGCCAGGUGACAAGGAAACAGCUUGAGGGUCAGCAUUUCAGACAGCUCAGAAGUUUUAACCAUGUGGAUGGAGUGGAUGAUACUACAGGUGGUAAUAAUGAAGAGAUGCGUCCAACCUGGAACAAUUCUCCUGACACAUCUCCAAGGGAUGCAUGUACAGAUUCAUACGGCGAGUUUGAGAGCAGCUCGAGUAGGAAAUAUCAAGGAUGGAAGAAGGUGAAGCUGAUGAACUACUUCCAAUCCAAACCUGAGAGAAUAAAGCUAAUGGCAGAUGUUUUAAAGUACGAACUGUCCAGAGCUGUCAGCAGGAGUGUUGACGCCAUUUUCAAGAGCAUGCCACUUCUACAGACACCGCCAAAUAUUGAGGGGAAUGUAAAGACUGAUAUGUCCCCUCAGCCACCAGUUUGCAGAGAUAAUACGUUAAGACUUUCAUGUUGUGGGAAUGCAGAGGUCCCAGAUGUUCAAACUGAAGCUCUGUCUUUGGUCGUGCAAAAGCCUCAACUAGAAAGAGCCGAGAAGUUCAUCCUCCAGUCUAGAUCAAGAGCUCACCACCACCCCAAACCUCCAACCCCCUUCAGUUAUGACUCCUCUCUGCAUGAAGAACAGUUGUCAGAGAAGGAUCACAACACCACCCGUCAACAUGCCCUCAGAUGCUUCCAAGACGGAUGCUCUGAAGUUGGUCAAACAAAGUUUGAGAUGUUUGACGCACAUUGGAAUUCGGUCAAAGCGAGAUCGAAGGUCAACUCCAGAUCUGUCAGAAGCCCACAGACUCGUACAGUGUCGGUGGAUCCCAUGAUACUGCAAGGCCUGUGUCUCCCUCACGUCAAGAUUGAGUCCGACAGCCUGGUGAAGAACAACCUGUACAUGCUGAACGAGGGUCUGACCACAAAUCAUCUGAAGAAAGCAAAGCUUAUGUUCUUCUACACUCGCUACCCGAGCUCACUGGUACUGAAGAUGUGUUUCCAUGAUGUGCAGUUCACGCGCUGCAUCACCUCUCAGCUCAUCAAGUGGUUCAGUAACUUCAGGGAGUUUUACUACAUCCAGAUGGAGAAGUUUGCCCGACACGCUCUCAUAGAAGGAGUGGCCGACGUGAGAGGUCUGACUGUGGGAAGAGAAUCAGAACUGUUCAGAGCUCUCAACAUGCACUACAAUAAAGCCAAUGAUUUCCAGGUCCCUGACAGAUUCCUGGAAGUCUCUGAGAUUACACUCAGAGAAUUUUACAUCGCCAUUUCAGUGGGCAAGGAUCGUGAUCCAUCGUGGAAGAAAGCAAUCUACAAGGUGAUCUGUAAACUGGACGGUGACGUACCAGCCGAGUUCAAAAAUCAUCCCUCCGGAUGAGAACCGAGGAGAAGACCGAUAAUGUCCCACAGUGGUUACUGUCACAAUGUGGACUUGCUCAUGCUUUUAUUAGCACAUUAGUUUAUGUUCAAUGAAGAGCAUACUGUAUUCCAAAAUAGGUUCAUGCCUGCACAUCUCCAAUCUCCAUACAUACGGCAGACUGAUGGCUGAGUUGAUCAAAGGCAUCAUGAGGUAGUUUGACACAUGUAUUUUGCUACAUGAGCCAUAUUAUAUAGCAAUAAUACAUAUUUGAAUGAGUGUGUAACAGUUUUGUCGGUGAAACGUCACAAACUGCAACACGUUUUUCUUUGAUAAGCACAAAACACAGUCCACACCACAUCGGAAAAAAUGUUUAAUAUUCAUUCAUUCAUUCUUAGUGAAUGUACAGGAUAUAUAAAAUGCAAAUUACAUUCAUUAUGAAAUUAGUCAAACAUUACAUGAUGUCUGCUUCUUACAAACCAAAAAUAGUGUCUGUCUCUCUCUCAUACUUACCAUGAUGAGCUACUUAUCCAUCCACUGUCCAAAUGAUACACGGUAGCUGUCUGUCCACACAUGAUCUUCAUCAGCGGUUGUGUGCGUUUGGUCUGAAUUGAUGAUCCUCACUUUCUCUCCAGUUGUUGAUAAUUCAGAUGUAAAAUUUCUCACGGGUGAAAAUUCUGGACCGUUUGCUUCACAAGUGCAAAGUUUAAAGUAUAAAAUAUAUUCCAAAAAGUGAACACAUGCACUUACAUUGUCAUAUUAACUGUGACAUUUACACUCAGUGAGACUAAAUUUAGUUCCUUUUAAUACUUCUAUGAAAUGUGCACAAGGGCAUCUGCAAUGAACUCAGUUGGUUAUGAAAAUCUGCUACAAGACAGUGCAAUAUAAUACUUCAAUAUGGUAUAUGAGUGAGAAGGGUCAGAUUCUCGUACAUGUUAUUAAGUAUGUUACUGUAUAUUUAAAAAUGAACGCACUAAGCAGUCAUUUUGUAUAAACAUUAUUUUUACUUGUAGACUGUCCACACGUACUUUUUCCAAGUUUAAAAGGUGCAAUGUGUAAAAAUAUAAUUACUAAAUUUAUCAACAGAAUGUGAAGAAAUAGUGAAUAUGACUAGCUUAAAUUCAACGUAAAACACAAAAUAAAACUCACUAAGACUGCCUUGUUCAGUCCUUCCAGUGUUCCAUCAAUCAAACUCUCUUUAAAUCCUUCAUUAAUAGUGUUGAUGUCAAAACAAAUAAUAAAACUGCAUUUUCUUGAAUGGCCACUAGAGACUGGCUACAUAAUAAAUCAAUCUCAAACUUUACAGCAGAAAUAAACAUGUUUACAGCCUGGUACAAAAAACAGUUUUGGUCUUUAUAGCUAAUUUCACCGUUCAUGACAACUGUACUGAGGGUGAAUUUAUAUAGAACUCACCUGUUCAAAUUAUAUUAAGGCUUAAAGUUGGGCAUAAUUAACAGUGUCGCUGCUUUGAUUGACAGGUGGCGUAUUCGACUAGGGCUCAUUCAGCUCACAGAUACAACGUCCAUAUUUAAUUGAUUGUUUAUGGUUGUAAUGGUUGACAGCUCCGAGCUAAAUAAAUAAAUAAAUUGCAGUUAGCAGCAGUUAUAACUUGAUAUGUGAUGUACUGCCCCCUAUUGUUUUAAGAGUGUUAAUUCAACAGGUGGAGAUUAGUCUGAGUUCUUACACAUCGCACCUUUAACUGAUUUAUUACGUGUAAACAAAAAAAGCACUUCAUUUGCAUUGUUAUUUCUCAUUUGAAUUAAUAUUAUGAAUAAUUGUCAGUAACAAUAAUGUAAUAUAAUACAGUAAUAUGUAAUAUUUUUGUGUCUUGACUAUGAAUGUAAAAAUGUGCUAAAACAACAAGAUUAGAAGAAUGUAAUUCAAAUGAGACAAAAAAUAAAAGUACUACUCAUUCAGUCAUGAAAAACCAGUGUGAGCUCUGAUUUGUCAUUGAAGAAACUUUAACCACUUGAACAACAAAGUUCCCGUACUCUUGACUUGUCGUUUGAUACUAUAAAUCUGGAAAUGAAGAGUUCUUGACUACCCUUCUGACACUCAAACACAUUCAAACCACAAGCUGAAACAAACAAACACAUUUUCAAACUCUCAGUACUUUAAUUUGCUGUCUUGUUCUUAAGUACAAUUAUCUUGUAAUAUUGUUUAUUUCUGUAAGCUCUCUAAGCCAACACUGAUGUGAGUAGACAUUUUAUAUGUACAUAAAAUGCACUAAAUUUAAUGUUACUCUUUACUCGCCUAAUACGACCAUAUACAGUGACACAUCUGACUAAAUGU